AUGCCUCAACCUCAGACUAGCUCAACAGAUAAGGGGAAAAUCUCGAAAUCAAUGCUCGAAAUCAGUAUCAAAAUCUUUGAGAGUUGGAUGAGGUUAGAAGCUCACCGAAUAGAAAUUCUGCCUUCCAGAACAAUGCUCUUCAAAUUCUUCUUUAUUUUGGCCUUGCUACAUUUGUGCACCUCUAAAAUUAAAAAUACCUGUUUUAAACAAUGGCUACUGAAUAAAAAACCCAAACUCCGCUACUGCGUGUCAGAAUGCCAGAAAAAUAGUCUUUGCAUACAAAAUGAAAACCAGUGCGACCUCCAACUCCCCGUGGACUGUCGCAAAUGCCUUGAAGAAUGCGUUUUUAAAAGAAAGAAAAGACCUUAAAUCCAGCCAGACCUGUCACGAAUACAUUGAACCAGGCUUUUUGAGAUUUUGUAUGCAUGAUAUCUUUCC